AUGAACCAUUCUUCAUCUGGAUAAGAUGCAGGGCAUUAGCAGCCUGAAAGACUUGUCAGAUUUGGCUCUCUCAUUCAUCUCAAUUUAGAAGAUAGUUUUUAAUAUUAUAUGUAUGGGGAAGGCUUUAUGAAUUAAAGUGUAGAAAUGAAAAAAUUUGAUUUACAAGGAGAAGCAAAUAAGGAUGAUGAUUUUUCAUAUUGUUUAUUUAUGAUUCUCCCUUUUUAAGACUUGAACUCAUUUAAGCAAUAGCAAUUUUUAUUAGAAUUCUUUACUGAAGGGGCUAAGGAAUUAAAAAAAUUAGGUCAAGAGGAAAAAUUAGAUGAGAGAAGGAAUAGAAUCAGCGAUUUUAAAAAUAGAAUUGAAAGCGAAUUUUUGUAUAACAUAAACACUAUGGAGCGUUAAUGUGGAUAGAAAAUUCUGCUUAUUAACUCAAAUUUUAUGCUUUUGCAUUUAAAUACAAUGAAAUAUGUCUGUUUAAACAAAGAAAACUCUGAAAACCUUUAUGUAGAGCUAGUAGAAUAUCCAAACAGCUUUUGUUUCUUCAAAUUUAUGCCUUCUUUAAGAUUAUAAACUAUGAGAAAUGACAACUUUGUUUACGAAAAUGAGCUAAUGCAUAUUUGUUGUUCUGAAAUGAUAGAUGGCAAAAGACCUUAUUUAAUUGCAGAUGUAAUUCAUCAGUAAUAAAAUAAUAAAAAUUAAAAGUAAAAUUAAGUAGCUCAAACUCAUUUAGUUUAUGCAAGUAUUGAUAGUGCUAAAUCUUGGAAAUUAAACUUAUACCAAGAACCUACCUCAACUUCUUAAGUGGAGUCUAUUGAGGAAAAAAAUUAUUUAAGAGCUGGUGAUAUUGUUUGGAUUAUUCAAACAGAAAAAAAACUUUUCGUAAGUUCACAAAGAUAAAGUGAUCCUUUUGUAGAAAUUUUAAAUAAUUAAAAAAAUCGUCAUGGAAUUGCUAUGCUGGAAGAAGAUCAAGUGAAACUCAUCAAAAAUUAGCUUUUAGAAAGUUUUAAGACAGAAUUCAAAAACAUUGAAAAUAUUUUUGAAGAUUCUGAAUAAAUACAAAAACAAAACCUAAGUACAAACGGUUUGUAUAGGAUAGAACCAGAAAAUGUUUUCGUAGGAGGACCUUUAUAAUGGGGAAAUAAAUAUAGAAUUAGGCAUUUAAUUUCUGGAAAGUACUUAAGCUGCUACAAAUAGAAAAAAUCAAGUUAUUCUUCAGAUAAAGCAAGAUAUUAGCUUAAGCUGACUAAGCAAAGAGAUGAUUCGACUUUAUUUAAAUUUAUACCUAUUGAGAAUCUCAUGUUCAAGUUCUAAUCAAAAUAAAAUAUUCAAAAAGACUCUUAUUUUAGAAUAUAGCAUCUUUGUAAUGAUGAAAUUGUGUGGCUUUCAGUAAAAGAAGAAGAAUAAGACGAUAACAAUUAAAGUGGAGCUAUUGCUGAAAAUCUUGCAAUAUUUGAAGCGAAAAUGAAAGAAGUGAACACUUUCAAAUUUAGAAAAUCAAACUAACAAGAUAUUUGGGAAACUAAUUUUCUUUAAUCAUCUAUUCCAUUGAUUUUAAGCAUAGCAUAAAACAUAGUUGAUAUAAGUGAGCAAGAAAAUUUCAAAAAUCAAAUGUUUAAAUUAAGUUAAUUUGACUUCUUCUACCCUAAGGUUAUUGAUACUAUUAAAAGCAUCGAGAAUUUUAUCACUAAUAAAAUUAUCUCAAAUAUAUCAAUGUAGCAUGAAUACAACUACCCUUCUCAAGAUAGAUAAAAUAAAUUUUGUGAGCAAAUGCUUUUGGGUUUAUUCUGCUGGUUCUUGGCAAAAGUAUUCCCGAAGCCUGAAGAAUUUUCAGAGUUUAAUGUUAAGCCAGGAGAUGAAUUUUUGAAAGAUGACUCUGAUCCAGUUAAAAAUGGAUUAGUUACUAAACAGUUUAAGGGCAGAGAAAAAUUCUACAGGCAAUGUGUACAACAUUUGAAGAAUAAAUACAUUCUAUCAUAUUAAAUUUAUAGCCUUAUAAAGUUUGCUUGCUACAGAAACUAAAACAAUUAACUCUACUUUUUUAAAUUUUAAAAUGAUUUUGUUGAGCAUAUUGGAUAUGGAGACUUCGUUAAGGAAGCAUUUGAAUUUUGCUUUGAAGGAAAUUUCUAAAUUUUGCAUUCUCUUCAUUAAAUUUAAUUCACAAAAAGGUCUUCUAAUCAAAACUAAAACGCAUUUUAAAAAAAAAGCAAAUCAAAGAACUUCUUUUAAUACCUUGUCAAAAAGCUUAAAAAAAUGGAACCUUAUACUAAAAAUGAUAUUUUAAGUUUGCUAGCCAGCUUUUGCAUGUUUUACCACAACUCUAUUUACAUCAACUAAGAAAAGAUAUUUUCUAGUUUUAUAGAUAAUAGAUAAAUUAUUUUUAAUACUCUCCUCAAAAUUCGUGAAGAAAUAGUAGAUUAGCCAAAAGACAUUAAUCUUAGAAAGGAAGAUGAUAGUACAGGUGUCAAGUUUUUCCAAAAAAAGAAGAAUUUCUUUAUUGAAAUAAAAAGAAGAUAAUAGAAAUCACUUGAAUAUGAUAUUGUCACUCUUAAUCUCACUGACUUUGAUAAAAAGUCCAUUUAGAAAAAUCGUCAGAUUGGAAAUUAUUUUUUAUGCUAAAUUGAAUUGUACUCAAACAUGUGCGCUAAUAGAAAUUUUACCAGUGGUAAAGCAUUUAGCGAUAUUUUUCCUUAGAAUACUCUAAUGGAGUUCAUUUAGAAUGAUAAUCAUAGUAUUGAGCUAAGAGCUAGAAUGUGCAAACUCUAAAGAAAUUUAUAUAUAGAUAAAGAGCCUAGGCUGAUUAUUCAAAAACCAAAUCUUGUUCGUAUUUUUAUUAGCUAAGAUGAUAGAUUAAACGAUAGAGAAAUUUGCCCAUUUAUUUUCGAUCCAGUUAUCUUAAAAAUGAUUCGUUAACCUAAAUUGAAGAAGAAGAAAGAAAAUUUAGUUUAUUUGUAGCACAUGAAAAAUAAGUUUGAAAGAUAUUUGAAGAAGCAAGAAGAAGCAGAAAUUUACAUUUAAUUUAUAAAAAAUAAUGCAAAAGAAGAUAUUGAAUUCAUUCGCAAAAAUUAAAUAUUUAUAAGAAGGGAACUCAAGAAAUGCUUUCAAGCAAUUAUGAAAUUGGAAAACAUGAAAAUAGAUGAAAAGAACUAUCCAGAUUAUUACAAAGAUAAAGAAUAUACCAAAUAAAAAGAAUAACCAUUUACUCAAACAUCUAAUUAAGCUAUUUAUGAUACUGUUUUUAAUAAUUUAACAUAUGAAGUUAUUAAGAAUUUUCAUUUAAUGUUAAAGUAUGGAUUUUUUACCAAGUUUGCACAAUUUUCUUAAGAUAAAGAUGAGAAUAAAGUUCCUAUUAAAAUUUUCAAAGAUAUAGUCAGUUAUCUUUCCUUUAUAUUGGAGUUUGAAAUAGAUUACACUUCAGAACUCAUAAAAAAUGGAGCCUCUCAAGUAUAAAGCGAUGGCGUUGGUAUUUUGAAAAGAAAAUAUAUCAGCAAUAUUGAAAAAUAAAUUGAAGAGUAAAAGGAGGGUAUUUCUCUUUUAUCAGUGAAAAAUAUAGGAGGAGAAGGAUUGAAGUUAUUUACUGAUCUUACCAAAGUUUUACCAAUCAAAAUCAAUGAAGAGGAAGAGGAAGAAGAAGAUGGAGGUGUCAAAGGAUCUAGUUUUGAGAAAGAAAACCAAAGCUAAUUAAACUUCUUAAAUACUUAUCAAAGCUUACAAAAGUUGCUUACAAAAUUUACAGAUAAGACUUACUAAAUGAAAAAUAUGGAAAUUAAAAUCAACAAGGAUCUAGAGACUCUAAUAAAAAUCGAAAUCUGCGAAAUAUUUGAGUAUUUGAUGGAUUGGAGAGAGGACUUCUAUAUUCAAAAUGCUAUGAAUUACUUCACUGAUGUCUUUUAUGAGAACAACAAAGCAGAUAAUAACUAUCAACGCAAUUAAGAUUUAGAAAAAGAACUAUCCUAGCUAUUCCCAGAGAAUAUGUUUGCAGUUGGUUAGCCAGUUUUAAAAAAGAAGAGGAAAUUCAAAAAACUAAAACCUAAGAAGGGAUAGAUUUACGAUCCUAACCUUUAUAGUGAAUAAGUAGGAAAUAUUGAUGAUAUAAUCAGAAGACCGUUUUCUGAAUCUUUAAUGAUUGGGUUUUACUUUUCUGAGGAUCCAGACUUAUAGAAUAAAUUUGCAAAUUUAAUUUACAGGUGCUUCACACAAAAGAAGAAGUUGAUUGAGAAUAUUUUUAAAAUAAAUUUAGUGAAUAGUGGAAGCAGUGAUCGUUCUUAUUAGUAAAUGAGUAAGCUAAUUAGUAGAUUAAAAGCACUUAUAAGUUAUUCAUAAAGUUGGCUCCAAAUUAUCGAACAAGAUACUUACAAUGAAAAGGCUGAAGAAAAUUUAGAGAUUACUUUAAAUAAACUCACAAAGCUAUAUGAAUAAUUUAAUGAAGGUAAGUCAGAAGACUUAGAAAUUAAAUAAAAAAUUUUUAAGCAUUUAGAAGGCCAUAAAGUUCUCCUUAAGUUUUUAGAAUAAGGUACCAGUGUGCUCUAAACUAACUCUCAUUACUUUACAGUUUAGAAUUAAGAAAUACAAAAAUACUCAUACAAAAAGGUGUUCAUGUACAGCGUUAUUAAUGUAUUUAAAACCUGUCACAAAAUUUUGUCAAUAUUUUGUUUUAAAAAUCAAAAAAUUCAAAAAACACUGUUCAAACAUUAUCACAAGCUUUUAUUUAAUCAAUCAUAUUUGAAUAUUGGUCAGAUGGAGUUUAUUUGUGAAAUUUUUAGAGGUAAUAGAGAUCUCUCUUUAGCAAAUAACACCAAAUAUAUCGAUUAUACUAUAAAUCUAAUUAAAAUACAUGGUAUGCAGCCAGAGUUUCUAGAAUUAUUUUGGAUUCUUAUGUAAAACUAAACUUCUGACAGUUAUGAAAUCCAAAAGAGAAUAAUUUAAACUUUGCUAGACUCAAAAGUUGUUAAUAUUGUUAAUCCUUUUAAAGCAGAUAAUUUAAUUGAACAAAAAAGAGCAACUAUGCAAUACUUAGAAUUAAUGCAAUCUAAAUAAAAAAUUGAAGAAUCUAAGCCUUAAUCUAUGCUUGAUAUGAAUGAAAAUAUUUUAGAUAUAAGAAAGACCUAAAAGCUACUGAUUGUAGGAUUUGAUUAAACGAAAAAUAUCGAAUUAAAAACUUAAACAGAAGAAGCUAAUGAAGCUAAUGAGGAACAACUCAUAUUAGAAACAGAAAACAGUGAAGUCUAAUAAGAUUUAAAGAAUAACUUUGACAUAAAUUUAACAAUAAAAUUCUAUGAGCAAUGUUAAACAUAAAAUCCAGAUGUAUUAGAAAAGAGAUUAAGAGAAUAUAAAUUAAAACUUAUUCAGAUCAUCUCAAUAGGAUUUACAACUUCCGAAAUCGGUGUAAAUUUUAUUUAUAGAUCUUUCUUGCAUAUAAGAGUUCCUAGUUUGUUCUAACUACUGCUUGAGGAAAUGAAAAUUAAGCAAAAUAAGAACAUAAAUGAUAAAAAUGCAAAUAAAUAACAAGUGUAUAGCAGGAAAUAAUACAUAACUGAUCUUCUUUUGACUUAUUUCUAUAAGCUAGAUUAAAGCAUUGCAUAAUUUUAAUAGAGUUCUUAAAUCUUCAUAUAGUGUGUUGAGAUCGAAAUUUAAAAUAUAAGGAAUAAAUACAAUUAUUCUUAAGAAGAAAAAUAAUUUAUGAUAGAUAAUUUUUUACCUCUAAUCAAUGAGUACAAUGACAAUUUCCUUAAAGAUUCAGUGCUUCUUGCUAUUUAGUAAAAGGAGAAUAGUAUUGAGUCUCAUAACUAAAAAGUCAUAUAUAGCUUUGCUUAAAAUUUUCUUCAUGAAAUUUACAGAUUUGUUGACUUUUCUUAGUAUAAAAAAUUGGAUAAUAGAACUACUUAAAAGCUUAAAAAUAUAGCUAUCUUAUCAAACAAUUUUAGAAUUAAUUUCAAUCCCCCAGAAAUUCUACAACAACUGAUUAAUAUUAUGGCUGUAGAAAAUCAAGAGGUAGGAGGGUAGUACAAAGAUCACACUUGCUUAAAUAAAUAUAACUAACCAACUAGAAAGCAUAAUAGCGAACUUUUCCAUAAGUUUAAAAAUUGUGUGAAUGCGAUCAUGUUCUUGAAAAAAGCAGAACAUGAAGCUAUUCAAAAUGGCAAUAAAGCUGUGCAUUUUGAUUAGCUUAAAAAAUUAGAAAGGGAGUCAAGAUAUUUGAAACUUUGGAACACUUUCAAAAAUCUUUUAAAAGAUACAAAAUCAAUAAAAGAAAUGGUAAAAGAAGAGCAAAGAUUAUUUAAAGAUUCAAUUAUGAACUUUGAAAAUUUCAUUGACAAUAAAAAAGAUGCUAUUGAAGAUCUGCUUAUUUCAAAAGAGGAUAUUAUUAAAAAAUUACUAAAUUUCAUUAACUUUUGGAAAGAAAUGGGUUCAUCAAAAGGUAGUGUGAUAUUUAUCAUCAAGACUCUUAGGCAUAUUAUUGAGAGAAGUGACACACCCAAUUCAAAAGAACCAUAAUUAUAAAAUAUAGAAGAUGAUAAUGCAGCUAAAGAAAAAAGAUAAAAUGUUAUGGAUGCCUUGAACACUUCUAUAGUAUGUUCUAGUCUCCUUACUCGAGAGAGCUAAAAAGAUAAAGUAUACUUAUAUUAUUUAUUUAGACUACUAAUUAGUUUAUUAGACGGAGGAAAUAAGUAGGUACAAAAUACUCUCUAUGAAUUUUUUAUUAGUAAUUCUUAGAGUGAAUAUUUGUUCCAAAGGAUUAAUAAUAUAAUUGAAGAUGAGAUUAAAAUCAUUAAAAAGCUUGAAGGAAAAAAGACUUCAUUUGGUUUAGACUAAGCAUCAAGCAAACAUCUUAUUGAAAAUGUCCUUUAAUUGAUAUAAUUGCUUUGUGAAGGACAUAAUAACAAAAUGUAAAGCUAUUUAAGGAAUUAAUUUAAUUCUAAAGUAAGCUACAACUUAGUUGAAAGAAUUAUUGAAUUGCUAAUAUCAAUCAAAAUCUCUAAUGAAACUUAUGUAGCUGUUAAACAAUGCUUUGAUACUCUAACUGAGCUGGUACAAGGACCUUGCAAAUAAAACUAAACUGAGAUUAUUUAAUCAAAAUUUUUAGAGUAUGCUGUUGAUAUUUUAAGAGAAGAAGAAUCAGUGUAUGUUACUACUCAAGUAUUUGAAAAAACAGAGGAAUAAAAUAAUUAGAAAGAUGCUAAAAAAGGCCCAUCAAAACCGACAAAAGUUUCAACCAAAAAAAUGAUCGAGCAAUAAGAAAGUUAAUCGCUAGCUUAUCUCGCUUAAGUAGUACAAAAUAAAUAAUAACCAACUCAUAUUUUGGUAAAAAAGAAGCAAGCCCAUAAAGGCUAUAUAUCAAGGAUUAAACAUAAAUGUUUAAUCACAAUCUUAAGUCUUCUUGAACUUAAUGAAAAUGAUAUUUCAACUUUUAAUAGAAUAAGAAGAGCUAUACCAUUACAAGUACUUAUUAAUAUUAUAGUUGAUGUUUUUACAAAAUUUAAAGGAAUUUAUAAAGGUGAGUAUUACCGCGAGUGCUUUAAUUAAUAAGACUUGGAUAAAUUAAUAAAUAUUAGCAAAAUUGAAGAUGAAAACAAGUAUGAAUUAGUUAUUGAAUUAGGAUUUAAUGCAUUCAUUUUAGUAAAUAUAUUCCUAUCAAAAAUACCAAAAAAUUAAAUGGAUCAAGAAUAACUCGAUACCUAUUAAAUGAUUUAAGAGCUUCUUACUGUUUAAGAAGAUGAUGAAGAAGAAAACACUUUGUUUACUCGUUUAAAAGAAUUACAAAAUAUAGCAACUACUAUUGCAGGAGCUGGUCUUAAUAUUGUAAAAUAAGUAGGUUAAACAGCUGUUAACCUCGGUGGAAACAAUGAAAAAUUUGAAGAAGAAUAAGAAUAACUUUAAUUAGACUUUUAGUAGAAAAAAAAUGAAGCUAUAAAAUUCUUUACAGAGAAAACAAUUACAAUUGAAUUAUAGAGAGAUAAUCAUUUAUGUAAAAUUUACUUUCCAAGAAUGCCUUUCUUUUCAUUGCCAAAAGAAUACAAACUUUAUUUCCAUGAAGAUGUUGACUAUAAUAGCGAUAAAGGUAAAUUAAGGACGUUGAUAGAAAGCUCUAAGGAAUUGAUUCAUGUUAUGAAUCACGAGGAGGACUGUAGAGAGUUCUUUAGGAGAUACAGAAUUAUCGGAUUUAUAGCAGAUCACAAAACGCUAUGGGAAGACUUGGCAUUCUGUUGUAACUGCUUGCUGAAUGCAACAAUUAUAGCCUCAUAUGGUGUAUAUGAUUAUAAAUAACUUCAGAUAUAAUUUGAAUGCUUAAACGGAGUUUGUGAUUACAAAAGCGAACUUUAUAAUGCAAGAAUGCAUGAACCUAGAAUGUUUGGUUAUGAUAGUAAUACUUGGACAAAUACAUUUUUAAAAUUGCUAGGAAUUAUAAAUCUUGUUUUUAGUUCUUUAAUUUUCUUCUUUUUCUUCAUUAAAAGAGCACCAAUAUUGCUAAAAAGCAUGUGGCUGGAAUGGUAUGAAGAAGACACAGGAAGGACUAAAAAGAUACUUAAAUUACUAUGGACAAUCGUGAAAACAAUCUAUACAUGUUGUACAGAUUUUGACUUUAUGUAUUAUACUUUCUAUAUGGCAAUUUGUAUAGUUGGUCUUGUGGUUCAUCCAUUCUUUUUCGGGUUUUUGACUGUAGAUUUUUUGCGUAUAAAAAUUUUAUCUAAUGUAGUCAAAGCUGUCUGGAUUCCGAGAGUAGAAAUAGCUCUUACAUUUAUGCUCUUUUUAUUGGCUUAGUACUACUAUUCGAUUAUCACAUAUCUAUGCUUUUAUGAUUAAUAUGGAACGCCUGAUUCACCAAAAUGGGGUACAUGUGAUGUAUAUUGGAGAUGUAUUAUUACUAAUAUAGACUUUACUUUUAAAGCAUCUGGUUCUAUUGGUGGUAUACUAAUUGAUGAGAGCUAUAAUAGUGAUAGCAGCGCGUUAUAACCUAAAGUAGAUGAUGGUGAAUAUGAAAUUAUGAAUACAAGAUAUCUUGCAAGAUUCUUAUUCGAUAAUUUUUUCAUCAUAAGCAUUGUUAUUGUUUUAAUAAAUAUGGUUGCAGGUAUAAUUAUCGAAAACUUUUCAGCUUUCAAAGAUAUAUAAUACGAGAAAGAGGAAGCAUUAGUGUCCAAAUGCUUUGUGUGUGGUAUAGAGAGAGAUAAUAUAGAAAAAGCAUAUGAUUAACUUUAAUAUAAGCAUGGAUUUAAGCAUCAUAUAAGGCAUCAUCAUUAUAUGUGGGAUUAUGUGUACUUCAGUGCAUACUUACAAUAUAAAGACUAAAAGGAAUUUACAGGAAAUGAAAGUUAUGUAUUUGAAUAACUAAAAACUUCUGAUGUUUCUUGGUUCCCAGUAAAGAGGGCUAUUCAUGUUUAAGAUGAAGAAACAUAAAUUAAAUUAUAAAGAAAACAAGAACUACAAAAUAUACAAGAUUAAUGUGAUAAUCUUUAGUCUAAAAUAGAAUCACUUAGAUUAAAGGUAAGUGUUGUAAAAUCUGAGAUCGUUUGA